GAAGGCUGGGAUGGGGCAGUGAAGACCAGUCAGUGGGGAGAGGUUGGUGACAUCCCCACUGAGCUGCUUGGCUCAUUUUGCUGCCUGCCCUGUCCAAACAGGGAGGAUCCUCCUCAUUUUUCCUGUCAGCAGUUUCUCUGCAAGGUCUCAUGUCUUCCUCAACUUCCUCCCUGCUGCCACAGGAAUGAUCCCACAGGACAUGUCUGUAACAGGCAAGCAGGGAACAUGAUACAGCAGCACGACCACUGGCUUCAGUUCCCAAAUGAGACCCCUCCUCCAGAGAGCAAAGGUUACUCUGGAUGCUCUCCCCUUACAAGCUGUCCUGCCCUGCUGACUGGAGCAGAGCGAACAUCUCUCUACAAGUAGGGGGAUUGCCUUCCCUCUUGGCAAUGAGCUCUCAGAGACACCCCCUGUCCUUCCCUGUGGUUCUUGCAGAACUGAGAGAAGCUUAAUUUUUUCAGCCUCUCCUUUUCGCACUAAGCCACAGAACAGCCCUGGGCAUGGAUGCACCCACGACUGGGUAGGGGGCAGCUGGUCUGGCUACAUGGUCCAGCUCCUUGGCAUUCUGCUGGCUGGAGGAUGGGUUGGAAACAGGAGAGCAGCCUCUGGAUCCAUCAGAGGGGAUUUCCCAACACUGCUUGCUGUCUGGUUCAGGUUGCCAAAAUGCUUUUCAAAGGGGCUUUUCUUGAAAGUGAUACAGAGCAGUCAUUCCUUGAAGGAGAGUUCCUCCCACACUGCAUUUCCAGUCACUGUGUCACCUGCAUUCUCUUGGAUCUCCUGAGCUCCCAUCUCUCCACAGGGACCCUUUGGCUCCCUACAUGAGGGUCCCAGGACAAGCAGAACUACGUUUUCCCAGGCUCACGGGGCUGCAGGUGAUGCUGCCUGAGGAGCAAGGAUGAUGGCUGAGCACUGCUUGCCAUUGGGCUCAUUAAUUAAGUGUUCAUUAAUUACUACACAUGGGUAUGGCAGGGCCAGCCCAGAGCUGCACUGUGCUGGCAUUUAGCUCUGUAUGCAGCCAGGUACAGCCACAGCCACUGGCUGGGGGGACACAGCCUUGGGGACCCCCCUGCCUUGGGCAAGCCCCCCAGGCUGAGUCAGCUGAGCACACAGCUCUGCAGCCUGACCCUCAGUGCUGCUCCAGCAGCCAGACCCUUUCAAAGUCCACACUCUGCAAAGUCCAUUCCUGGACUUUGUUAAAGCAACUCUGAUGCUGCAUACUAGGCGAGCACAGUCUGCAUUCAUCAGCCCUCUGAGGAGUAGGUGGGAGAGCCAGGUGUCUGCAGCUGGCCUGAAGAGACACAAAUCAUGACCCAAGAGCGACUGUGGCAGGUCCUGGAUCCACCCUGGGGAGACCUCCAUGCCCUCUUGGCUCUGCUGUGCAGCUCAGCUGCAGCUGUGGGGCUCCUGAGAUGGCUGGGAAGGAGGCAGGUCCAGCAGAAGAUGGAUGAGGCAAGGAGGUCUCGGCACCUGGCCCUGGAGAGGAUGGAGAAGGCAGCUCGCAGGCUUAAACAAGAGAACCCAGGCACCCAGAGCUCCCAAAUCCUCUCGCUGACCAUGGUGGAGCUGGCAGAGAAGCUGAAGGAGGGGUCCCUGUCCCCAGAAAGUGUCCUCUACUCCUACAUGGACAAGGCUUUGGAGGUGAAUCAGGAGGUGAACUGUGUGACAGACUUCAUCCAUGGAUGUGAGGAUCAGCUCCAGGAACUGAAGAAGCAAAAGGAGAAGGGGCUGCUCUAUGGCAUUCCCAUCAGCAUCAAGGACCACAUUAACUGCAAGGGCCACAUCUCUUCUGGAGGGAUGGUGAAAUUUCUGGGCCAAGUGAAGGAAGUAGACAGCAUCAUUGUCCAGGUCCUAAAGCACCAGGGGGGAAUCCCCUUUGUGAAAACCAACAUCCCACAGACCAUGAUAAACUACGACUGCAGCAACCUCAUCUUUGGGCAGACCUUGAACCCUCUGAACCCCCAGAAGAGCCCCGGGGGCUCCUCGGGAGGGGAGGGAGCUCUGAUUGCAGGGGGAGGCUCCAUCCUGGGCAUGGGCUCGGAUGUGGGCGGCAGCAUCCGCCUGCCCUCCAGCUUCUGCGGGCUCUGCGGCCUCAAACCCACGGGCAACAGGAUCAGCAAACAGGGAGUCGUUGGUGCUCUCAUGGGAAUGCAGUCAGUGACAGGGGUGCUGGGGCCCAUGGCACGGGACGUGGACAGCCUGGCCCUGUGCAUGAAGGCUCUGCUCUGCCAGGAGAUGUUCCAGCUGGACCCCACCGUGCCCCCCAUCCCCUUCAAUGAUCAGGUUUACAGCAGCUCGGACCCUCUUCGUGUCGGGUUCUACGGGGAUGGGUACUUCCAGCCCUCGCCCAGCAUGAUUCGGGCUGUGCAGCUCACCAGGCAGCUCCUCCAGGAUGCAGGCCACACGCUCGCUCCCUUUGCCCCGCCAAAGAUUGACUACAUGGUGGAUGAGCUGUUCACCAGAGGGAUUUUCUCCGAUGGGGCCGCCCACCUGGUGGACUGCUUCAAAGGAGACAUGGUGGAUCCCAACCUGAAAUCCCAGUACAAUACUUACAGGCUUCCUGCUCUGCUGAAAAGGAUCUUGGCUAUCAUUCUGAAACCCAUAUACCCACGCAUUGCUCGGGAUCUCGGUGCUCUCUGUGGAGUGGGGUCUGCCAAAAACCUCUGGGAUCAGCACAGAGCAGUGGCGGCUUACCGCAGGGAGUUCAUCACCAAAUGGAGGCAGCUGAGGCUGGAUGUGAUCCUUUGUCCCAUGCUGGGGCCAGCCUUCAACCAUGGCUACGCUGGGAAGCUCUUUGCUGCAACCUCCUACACCCAUCUGUACAACGUGCUGGACUUCCCUGCUGGGGUGGUGCCGGUCAGCGCGGUCACGAGGGCCGACAAGGAGGAGCUGAAGCAAUACCGAGGGCACUACGGGGACCCCUGGGACAGGAGGCUGAGAGAGGCUGUGGAAGGAGCCGUGGGCAUGCCCGUGGCUGUGCAGUGCGUGGCCCUGCCCUGGCAGGAGGAGCUGUGCCUGCGCUUCAUGAGGGAGGUGGAGGCUCUUGCCUGUGGCACCAAGAGAAGUGGGUGAUUUCUGGGAGCCAGCCUUGUCACUGACAUAUUCUAUGAAGAAUCCUUUCAUUAGGAUCUUUUCUCCAUGUUUUGCUGCUCUGGAAUGUGAUUCGGAGAAUUGUUUACC